AUGAAGUCAUCUGUCUCAGCCCUGACACUGCUGUUCCUUGGAACAUUACAAGUCAGUCUUGCUCAACUGACGGGAACUGGAAACCACAACGGCACACAGGAUGGCUCUAAGCUAGAGAAGCACGGAAACGAUAUACUUGCAAGCUUUCCCCAACCAGCAGGCGACCUGUGCAACGACCAACUGGAAGGUGUUAUCGUCGAGUUCAUCCCUACUGGACCGGGGGGCUUUCGAAUUGACAACGUCCCACCUGCGUGCAUGACGCUUGCAACCCUGUUCCUCGAGGGUCCUGGCUCGCCCAGUCCCAUUCCCCUUGGUAAGGAUAACUUGAUCCUACGUCACCUAGCCUCUGGAUUCAGUGGCAUAUCCGAUGAUGGGCUGCAGCGUCUCCAGGCUAUCCUUGAUGCCCGUACCCAGCAUUAG